GGCCAAGGCUGUGCCUUCCUCUCUGCUGGCUGCCAUGAAUGCAUUCUUCUGCUGGGAUCACAUCCCUUGGCUUCAGAGCCUGACUCGAUUGCCCAUCAUCCUUAAAGGGAUCCUGACAAGAGAGGAUGCAGAGUUAGCAGUGAAGCACAAUGUUCAAGGCAUCCUUGUUUCCAACCACGGAGGGAGGCAGCUUGAUGAAGUUCCUGCUUCAAUUGAUGCCCUGGCAGAAGUGGUGGCUGCUGUUCAAGGGAGAAUGGAAGUGUACCUGGAUGGUGGGGUUCGAACUGGCAACGAUGUGUUGAAAGCCCUGGCCCUUGGAGCUAAAUGCAUAUUUCUUGGGAGACCAAUCCUGUGGGGUCUUACCUGCAAGGGUGAAAAGGGUGUUGAGGAAGUCUUGAACAUUUUAAAAGAGGAGUUCCGCACUUCUAUGACCCUUACAGGCUGCCGAUCCAUUGCCGAGAUCAACCGGGACCUGAUUCAGCUCUCCAGGUUGUAAGAACCCCACAACAUGAUAUGCAAUGCUGGUCUGCCUA